AUGGCGCAUAUUCUUGUCGUAGACGAUGAAAACAAUAUCCGAAAGACCAUUCAAUUAACCCUUCAGCACAGCGGCCAUACGGUUGAGACCGCAGCGGACGGGCAGGAAGCGCUGCAAAAAUUUUAUAGCGGAACCCAUUACGAUCUCAUUUUUCUGGAUCAGCGGAUGCCGGGGCUAGAGGGGUUGACCGUUCUGGGACAGAUGCGCUACGAAAGGCCGGAGGCGAAAAUCAUUAUGGCAACCGCCGUCGGAACCAUUGAUCUAGCCGUUGAAGCAAUGCGGGCGGGCGCGACUAACUUCCUGCGCAAGCCCUUUACGGCGGAAAUCCUGCGCGGCGCAGUGGAAGCCGCGCUGCAGAACAAAACGCAGACGCCAUUGAACCGGGACGGUCAGGCUGCGCCGCCUUCCAACACGCCCACAUUUGGCAUGACAACGAUCAACGGGUUUCGGAAUUGA